GGACGGUCCGCUUUUGGAGUAUAACCUCGCCAAUACCGGACGCUCCAAACCCUAACUUAUCAAAUCCAAAAAUUCCCCGGAUCAACUUUCUCCAACUCAUAAAGUAUUUGGCCCACCGCCCUAACCCAAGAUGUCUAAGAAGGCCCCAACUGAAGAUGAGAAAUUCUUGUACGUCGACAAGGACUUCAUCAAUAGCCCCGUGGCACAGGCCGACUGGGCAGCCAAGAAGCUGGUGUGGGUCCCAUCAGAGAGGCAUGGCUUUGAGGCAGCCAGUAUCAAAGAGGAGCAUGGCGAUGAGGUGCUUGUGGAGCUUAAUGACAAUGCCAAGAAGAUGACAGUCAACAAGGAUGACAUCCAGAAGAUGAAUCCACCCAAGUUCAGCAAGGUGGAGGACAUGGCUGAGCUCACCUGCCUGAAUGAGGCUUCUGUGCUGCACAAUCUCCGUGAGAGAUACUUCUCUGGGCUCAUCUAUACAUACUCUGGCCUGUUCUGUGUGGUGAUAAAUCCAUAUAAAAUGCUGCCCAUCUACUCAGAGAAGAUCAUCGAUAUGUACAAAGGGAAGAAAAGACAUGAAGUCCCUCCUCAUAUCUACUCCAUUACUGACAACGCUUACAGAAACAUGAUGCAAGACCGAGAGGACCAGUCCAUUCUCUGCACUGGGGAGUCUGGUGCCGGGAAGACAGAGAAUACCAAGAAGGUCAUCCAGUAUCUGGCUGUGGUGGCCUCUUCACACAAAGGCAAGAAGGACACCAGUGCUCAACAAGCAGGAUCACAGUUGGCUUACGGAGAGCUGGAGAAACAGCUCCUGCAAGCAAACCCUAUUCUGGAGGCCUUCGGAAAUGCGAAGACCAUCAAAAAUGACAACUCCUCUCGAUUUGGUAAGUUCAUUCGCAUCAACUUUGAUGUGACAGGCUAUAUCGUUGGAGCUAACAUUGAGACCUAUCUUUUGGAGAAGUCUCGUUGUAUCAGACAGGCCAAGACAGAGAGAGCCUUUCACAUCUUCUACUAUAUGAUCGCUGGUGCCAAGGACAAGUUGCGCGAGGAACUUCUGCUAGAGGCCUUUACGGGCUACCGUUUUCUGAGUGCGGGCCAUGUUCAGAUCACUGGCCAACAAGACGAUGAGAUGUUUGAGGAGACCAUGGAGGCCAUGAACAUCAUGGGCAUCACCGAGGAAGAUAGGACUGGUAUCCUGAAGGUGUGCUCCACAGUAAUGCAGCUGGGAAACAUUGAGUUCAAGAAAGAAAGAAACCAGGAGCAGGCCACAAUGCCAGACAACACUGCUGCCCAGAAAGUGUGCCACCUGCAAGGUAUCAAUGUGACAGACUUUACCCGUGCCAUCCUCACCCCCCGAAUCAAAGUUGGCAGAGAAGUGGUACAGAAGGCUCAGACUAAAGAGCAGGCUGACUUUGCUGUUGAGGCCUUGGCGAAGGCCAUGUUUGAACGUCUUUUCCGCUGGCUCCUGGGUCGGGUCAACAAAGCUCUGGAUAAGACCAAACGCCAGGGAGCUUCUUUCCUUGGAAUCCUAGACAUUGCUGGCUUUGAGAUAUUUGAGGACAACUCUUUUGAGCAGCUGUGCAUCAACUACACCAAUGAGAAGCUGCAGCAGCUCUUCAACCACACCAUGUUCAUCCUGGAGCAGGAGGAGUACCAGAGGGAGGGCAUUGAGUGGAACUUCAUCGACUUUGGCCUGGACCUGCAGCCCUGCAUUGAGCUCAUUGAGAGACCAAACAAUCCACCUGGUAUCCUAGCUCUCCUGGAUGAGGAGUGCUGGUUCCCCAAAGCCACAGAUAUCUCCUUCGUCGAGAAGCUUAUGAACACACAGGGCAACCAUAUGAAAUUUUCUAAGCCUAAACAGCUGAAAGACAAGACAGAGUUCUCCGUGCUUCACUAUGCAGGGAAGGUGGACUACAAUGCCACAGCCUGGUUAACAAAGAACAUGGACCCUCUGAAUGACAAUGUCACAGCACUGCUAAACAACUCCUCCAGCCAGUUUGUGCAGGACCUCUGGAAAGAUGCGGACAGAGUGGUGGGCCUUGAGACCAUAGCCAAGAUGUCAGACAGCUCCAUGCCUAGCGGCUCCAAGACCAAAAAGGGAAUGUUCCGAACUGUGGGCCAGCUCUACAAGGAGUCUCUGGCCAAACUCAUGACGACGCUUCACAACACUCAGCCAAACUUUGUCAGAUGCAUCAUUCCUAAUCACGAGAAGAGGGCAGGGAAGCUGGAUGCCAAUUUGGUCCUGGAGCAGCUGAGAUGUAACGGUGUGUUGGAAGGGAUCCGAAUCUGCCGACAAGGAUUCCCCAACCGAAUAGUUUUCCAAGAGUUUCGUCAGCGUUAUGAGAUCCUGGCUGCUAGUGCUAUUCCCAAAGGUUUCAUGGAUGGCAAACAAGCCUGCUGCCUCAUGAUCAAGCAUCUGGACCUGGACCCCAACCUGUAUAGAAUUGGACAAAGUAAGAUCUUCUUUCGCACCGGAGUGCUGGCCCAGCUGGAGGAAGAGAGGGAUCUGAAGAUCACUGUGGUUAUCAUUGCCUUCCAGUCCCAGGCCAGAGGCUUUCUAGCCAGAAAGGCGUUCGCGAAGAGGCAACAACAGCUGACAGCCAUGAAGGUCAUCCAGAGAAAUUGUGCUGCCUACCUCAAACUCAGAAACUGGCAGUGGUGGAGGCUCUUCACUAAGGUCAAGCCUCUGCUGCAAGUGACUCGUCAGGAGGAGGAGAUGGGUCUGAAGGAAGAAGAGCUGCAGAAAGCCAAAGAAGUUGCUACAAAAUAUGAAUCUGAGCUGAAGGAGAUCUUCUUGAAACACACAUCGAUUGUGGAAGAGAGGAAUGCACUACAAGAGCAGCUUCAGGCUGAAACGGAGCUGUAUGCAGAGGCUGAGGAAAUGAGGGUUCGCCUGGCCUCAAAGAAGUUGGAGUUGGAGGAGAUCCUUCAUGAGAUGGAGGCGAGGCUGGAGGAAGAGGAAGACCGUGCUCAGGGCCUGCUGGUGGAAAAGAAGAAGAUGCAACAGCAGAUGCAGGAAUUAGAAGAACAUUUGGAAGAGGAGGAGGAUGCUCGUCAGAAGCUGCAGCUGGAGAAGGUUACCUGUGAGGGCAAGAUCAAAAAACUGGAAGAUGACGUCUUGGUGAUGGAAGACCAGAAUAACAAGCUGCUGAAAGAGAGAAAGCUGAUGGAGGAGAGGAUUUCAGAUUAUAGUACCAACCUUGCUGAGGAAGAGGAGAAGUCCAAGAACCUGACUAAGCUCAAGAAUAAACAUGAGUCUAUGAUUUCAGAACUGGAGGUCCGCCUGAAGAAGGAGGAGAAGGGCCGUCAGGAGCUUGACAAGGCAAAACGCAAGCUGGAAGCAGAAUCUAAUGAUCUGCAGGAGCAGUUAGCUGACCUGCAGGCCCAGAUCGCUGACCUCAAAGCCCAGCUUGCCAAGAAAGAGGAGGAGCUGCAGAAUGCUUUGGCAAGGCUAGAGGAUGAAAUGGCACAGAAAAACAAUGCUCUAAAGAAGAUCAGGGAGCUUGAGGGACACAUCUCCGACCUACAAGAAGACCUGGAUUCUGAGCGGGCAGCAAGAAACAAGGCAGAGAAGACCAAGCGGGACUUUGGAGAAGAGCUGGAGGCCCUCAAGUCUGAGCUGGAGGACACCCUAGACAGCACUGCCACCCAGCAGGAACUGAGAGCAAAGAGAGAGCAGGAGGUGACCCUGCUGAAGAAGGCCAUGGAGGAGGAAAACCGAACCCAUGAGGCCCAGGUCCAUGAGAUGAGACAGAAACAUACACAGGCUGUGGAGGAGAUCACAGAGCAGUUGGAGCAGUCCAAACGGGUAAAGUGUAAUCUGGAGAAGGCUAAGCAAGCCCUGGAGAAGGAGACGUCAGAGUUGACCAUGGAAGUGCGCUCGCUGACCCAAGCCAAGCAAGAUGGGGAGCACAAGAGGAAGAAGGUGGAAGGUCAGCUGGCAGACCUGCAGUCUCGCUUCAAUGACGGUGAGAAGCAGAAGGCAGAACUGGGAGAGCGCUGCUCCAAGAUCACGGUUGAACUGGAGAGUGUGACCAACCUUCUGAAUGAAGCAGAAGGUAAGAACAUCAAGCUGGGCAAAGAUGUUUCCAGCCUCACCGCCCAAGUCCAAGAUGCACAGGAACUACUGGCUGAGGAGACGCGUCAGAAGCUGCAGUUUUCCACCAAGCUGCGGCAGGCCGAAGAUGACAAGAAUAGCUUGCAAGAGCAGCUUGAUGAGGAAAUUGAGGCCAAGAGGAAUGUGGAGAGACAUGUGUCCACUCUCAACAUCCAGUUGUCAGAUUCCAAGAAGAAACUGGAGGAUCUGUCGUGCAAUAUUGAACUGUUGGAAGAGGGAAAGAAGCGACUGCAGAAGGAUUUGGAGGCGGCCAACACCCAGUUUGAGGAGAAGGCCUCAGCCUACGACAAACUGGAGAAGACAAAGAACCGUCUGCAGCAGGAGCUGGAGGACAUAUUAAUGGAUCUGGACAACCAGAGGCAGAAUGUGUCCAACUUGGAGAAGAAACAGAAAAAGUUUGAUCAGAUGCUGGCUGAGGAGAAAAGUAUCUCCAGUAAAUAUGCUGAUGAGAGGGACCGUGCUGAAGCUGAGGCCAGAGAGAAGGAGACCAAGGCUCUGUCCCUGGCAAGGGCUCUGGAUGAGGCCCAGGAUGCUAGAGAGGAGCUGGAGAGAGCCAACAAGGGCUUGAGGGCCGAGAUGGAGGAUCUGGUCAGCUCUAAGGAUGAUGUGGGCAAGAAUGUCCAUGAGCUGGAGAAGUCCAAACGAGGCCUGGAGGCCCAGGUGGAGGAGAUGAAGACUCAGCUGGAGGAACUGGAGGAUGAACUUCAGGCAGCUGAGGAUGCCAAGCUGCGUCUAGAGGUCAACAUGCAAGCCCUCAAGGCCCAGUUCGAGAGGGACCUCCAGGGACGGGACGAGAUGGGAGAGGAGAAGAAGCGACAGCUUGUCAAACAGGUGCGUGAGAUGGAGACUGAAUUGGAGGAUGAACGUAAGCAGCGAGCCACAGCAGCAGCGGCCAAGAAAAAGUUGGAGGGAGAUAUGAAGGACCUGGAGGGACAGAUUGAGACUGCCAACAAGGGACGAGAUGAGGCUAUCAAGCAGCUCCGCAAGCUACAGGCUCAGAUGAAGGACUAUCAGAGAGAGCUGGAGGAUGCACGUGCAGCCAGGGAAGAGGUGCUUUCUACUGCAAAGGAAAGCGAGAAGAAGGCCAAGAGUCUGGAGGCUGAGCUCAUGCAGCUCCAGGAGGACCUGGCUGCUGCUGAGAGGGCACGCAAGCAGGCCGAGGCUGAGAGAGAUGAGCUAUCUGAUGAACUGGCCAGCAAUGCCUCUGGAAAGUCAGCCUUGUCAGAUGAGAAGCGUCGCCUGGAAGCUAAGAUCACUCAGGUAGAGGAGGAGCUGGAGGAGGAGCAGAGCAACAUGGAGAUUCUAAAUGACCGACUAAGAAAGAGCACACAACAGGUGGACCAGCUGAACAACGAGCUGCAGACGGAGCGUAGCACUUCCCAGAAGAAUGAAAGUGCUCGGCAGCAGAUGGAGCGCCAGAACAAGGAGCUGAAGGCUAAGCUCCAAGAGAUGGAGAACCAGGUCAAGUCCAAGUUCAAGUCUUCCAUUUCUGCCCUAGAGGCCAAAGUGGCUCAGCUUGAGGAGCAGCUGGAGCAGGAGAACAGAGAUAAACAGGCAAGUGCCAAGAGUAUACGUCAAAAGGACAAGAAGUUAAAGGACCUGAUAAUGCAGGUGGAGGACGAAAGGAAACAGGCAGAGCAGUACAAGGAUCAGGCGGAUAAGUCCAAUACUCGCAUGAAGCAGCUGAAGCGGCAGUUAGAGGAGUCGGAGGAGGAGUCUCAGCGAGCCACAGCUGCUCGUAGGAAGCUGCAGCGUGAGCUGGAUGAAGCCACUGAGGGCAAUGACGCAAUGAGCCGUGAGCUCAACUCCCUGAAGAGCAAACUGAGGCGUGGUAAUGAGCCCUCCUUCAGCAGUGCACCUCGGCGUAUGGGAGGAGGCCGUAGGGGAUUGGUAGAUGAUGCUUCAGAAGAGGAGGCUGACCCCCAGAGCGACUACAAUGGAACUAAGUCUGCGGAGUAGAGGAGGCGCAAAACAAGUGUUCAGUCAUCAGUAUUAUGGAACAGGGCAGAUCUGCUGCUUAUAAGAAUAACUUUUAAAACCUGAUAUCCUAUGUAGUUCUUCCACGUCACUUCAAGAUAUGUACUUUGUCAAAUUCAGUAGUUUUAUGAUCAUUCUUGUUUCAGAGCACUAUUUCCUUGAGACAUUUUUGUUGGAAAAAGAAUCAAAAGGACUGAAGAACAUCAGUUUGGGGACAAUGUUAAGGUGCCUAUGAGGAUUUGUGUGGUUUGCUGUAUUUUUCGACACUGUUUUGUACUGCACUGAAUGAACGAUAAUUCUGUAUGCCAGGUUUUGUACCCACAAAAAGGUGCAUCUAAUUAUGUUUUGUACCACUUACCUGACACCAAAGCCAGGUAUUUCUUUAGAUCACCUUAGAACAGACAUCAUGUAAAUCUGUCGAUUUCUAUGCCAUCAUUGACAAAACCUGUUGCCUGUGACUGCUGUUUUUUUUUUCCUGAACAUCGUUGAAUUAGUUUAUCAGAUUGUAUGAAUAGAAAUCUAUUUCUGCCCACAAACUGCUUCCAAUCAAUUGUUUCUUCCACUGUUGAGUGUAGCAAGCUUCAACUCUAUGCUGAGUCAAAAUGUAAAGCUUAAAAAGAAUAAAAAAGUUCAUCGAUUGGAAGAUUUUCAAUUCAGACAGCAAAACCACCAGUCAGUCCUAAAAAGGAAACCUUUAUAAAUCUUUCAAAUAGAUUAAUGAAAACAUCAUUUAAGCCAUUAUUUUUUUUUUUAUUAGAAGUCAGUUUCUUUGUGACUAUUAUAUGACCAUCUUCAAUAGAGUAUUAUUACUCAAGUAGAUUCUGGGUACUGAUACUCAAAUCCAAUAAUGACAGAAAUGUCUGAUGUGGAUAUGAUUUUGGGUUUGUGUACCUUACAAAUGCCAGUAAUUAUGACAAAGAUCAGUAUUGGUAAUAUGUUGCACUUCCAAUACUUACUAUUUUUUUUACACCCAGAUUUAUAAUUUGUUCAUAAAACUUCCUGGUUAUCCCAAACCAAUGUACCCUCCCAUCCUCUACUCUCUUGCUUGUAAUCAAUUGUUUACAUAACACCAUUUGUAUCUAUGACUUGUGGAACCACCUGCACAACAAAUAUAUAUUAAAAAAAACAGCAAUGGCUCUGCCCUUUUAGUUAUUGUCUUUCACAACAAUGGCUUCAAAGAUCACAUUACAUUAACAUAGGAACAUAUUCUUAUGUUUGCCCAGUUCAAAACGAUAUCAAACCAAUGGGACAAAUGACAGGUUCAGUAUUUCUGGCAAAGACAGUUGUUUAAUUCUGAUAAACGGAAGUAUUAGCAGAGUAACAGACACGCAGUCAUCAGUGGUCACAAGUUAAAAGUUCAGUAGCAUCUGAGAAGUAACGCAGCUAAGAGAUGCAGAUACUCCACAGCUCAAGUUUGUAACUGACAACCCUAAUUCCUGCACACAAACUGCAGGAUAAAACAUUAAAAAAUAAACGUUUCAUCACUCAUUUAAGUCACCUUGUCAGUCUCAACUGACUGCAGGUAUCCCCACCCUUAUAAACAACACAGUUGCAUAACGACUGAAAUCAUGACCUUUAACUAAAUGGCCAUGUGCACUAUUGACAGGAUUGGGGAAUAGCUGCAAUUACUGCAUUGUAAAAUGGCCGACAGAUGUACUCUUUGACACCCCCCC